AUGGCUCCGAACCGUAAAUAUGCCAAUUACCCUGGCGCCCGUGAGGGGCCGGCCCAAGGGAAUACGGAGACCCAGAAGGAAGACCAGAACCCGGUCCUCCGCGGCUGGCCUCUUGUUGCGGGUGCAACAGCACUCGCGAACUCCGGCGUUAUCCAGCGCUUCUUCUGGCGCAACGCCAAAUUUGGCUCCAUCAGAGACCUGCCUGGCCUCGUCGAUUACAGAUACCGCUUCCAGCCCGACGUCCUCGUCCUCUCCGAGACGGGAUCUCACCCGGAAACCCUCCCGCUCACCAAGGAUCUGACCACCCCGGCACCACUAGACCAACCAGGUCGCUACCUCUCCAGCGCAGACUACCACGCCCUCUACGCCUCCGGCGCCGUCACCCCGCUGGACGUUGUCCAGUCUCUGCUGCCCCUGAUCCGCCGCGCCGAGGGCCACCCCCCGCCCGAAACGGGACCCUACGCCAACGCCUGGGUGGCAUCCCACGGCCGCGAGGACCUCGCCAUCGACGCCGCCCGCGCUUCCACCGAGCGGUGGAAGCAAGGGAAACCCCUGGGACCCCUGGACGGUGUCCCCAUCGGCGUCAAGGACGACUGCAAUGUCAAGGGCUAUGUCAGCCAUAACGGCAUGCAGUACCGCCCCGACUUGCCGUGGUUCAAGGCCGCCGACAAGACGAUAUGGCCCGUCCAGCAGCUCGAGGCCGCCGGAGCCAUCGUCUUGGGAAAGAACGCCAUGCAUGAGCUGGGAGGAGACACCAAUGGCUGCAAUCCCCGAUGGGGAACACCCACAAACUGGCACAACAAAUCCUACUACCCGGGCGGCUCAUCCUCCGGAGCCGGCUCCGCCCUCGGCGCCGGCAUAGUCCCCAUUGCAGUCGGCACCGACGCCGGCGGCUCCAUCCGCAUCCCGAGCUCCUUCAACUCCGUCUACGGCCUGAAACCCUCCCACCACCGCACAAUGGCAAUGAACUCGUCCGUCUGCGUCGUCGGCCCCCUCGCCGCCACUGUCGCCGACCUCACCAUCGCCUACCGCCUCAUGUCCCGCCCCAACCCGGACGAUCCCAUCCAGGGUCUCUAUACCCCGUCGAUCCCGCCCUCCCCUUCGUCGCCUUCUCCCAAAGUCAUCGCCAUCGAUGAAGCAUGGUGGUCCCGCGCAGACCCUGCCGUCGCGACAAUCUGCCGCCGCGCCGUAGACCACUUCAAAUCCCUGGGCUACACCGUCAUCCCCAUCCGCAUCCCGUACCUCCGCGAGAUCCAGCUCAUGCACUCGGCAACCUGCGUCACCGAGAUGCAAGACCUCGCCCGCCACCGCCACCCGGAUCCGAACCAGUGGCAGUCCAUCAUCAACCAUGCCAACAAGAUCACAAUGUCCGUCGGCACGCAGACCCCCGCCGGCGACUACAUGAAGUACGCCCAGCUCCGCGACCUCCUCAUGAAGCACAUCGCCUGGCUGUACGAGCAGAACCCGGGCAUGCUCGUUGUCACGCCCACCACACCGCUCCCCGGCUGGCCCCGCCAGCCCGGCGACGAUGCCUACGGCGUGUCGGACGCGAAUACCACCAUCGCCAACAUGAGUUAUGUGUAUGUCGCCAACGUCAGCGGGUGUCCCGCCGUCUCGGCGCCCGUGGGCUACGUCGAUGCCGUGCAGGGCGAGGGCAAGAUCCCCAUUGGAUUGAUGGCCAUGGCCGAGUGGGGAUGCGAGGAGCAGCUGCUCGACUGGGCCAAGGAGGCUGAGACGUACCUGAUCAAGGAGGGGAGGCAGAGGCCCGAGGGGUGGGUGGACGUCGUCGAGGUUGCCAAGAACGGCGGUCUCGAGGCGAAGAAGAAUAUCUGA